AAAAUUAAAAAUAAAUUUCCAUAUGCCAUUUAUACGCAUUGUAUGGCCCAUCGUAUAAAUCUUGUAGUAAUCGACAUGUGCAAAUAUGUUAAGGAAACUAGGACUGUUUUCAAUACCAUUGAAGGGUUAUAUAUCCAUUUUUAUCAUCCAACUAAAAACCAAAUGCUUGUUGACAUGCAAAAAAAAGUUGGGAAUAAAAAGUAUCCACAUUGGUUGCUUAAGUGAUACUAGAUGGAACUGUCUGUUUAAAAACUGUGAAGCAAUAUUACACAAUUAUAAAGCUAUUAUAAAUGUUUUACAGGAAGAAAUAGACAAUCAAACUGAUAGAAAUGCAAAUGAAGCUUUAGGUAUACUUACAAAUAUGUCAACAAGCUCAUUUAUUGUUAAUUUGUUUAUUUUAAAAGAUAUAUUGUCUAUAAUAAAUAUUCUUUGUCAAAUGCUACAAGAAAAAAAUGCAACACUAGGCAAAGCAGCAAUUCUUAUCAAGGGUGUUUUGCAAACUUUUGAAAAUGAUAAAUCUACUCUUGCUUUUAAUAAUUUAUGGUUAGAAAUCCAAGACUUUGCUAAAGACUACAACAUUAAUUUCAAUGUACCAUUUCAAACACAAAGAUUGAAACAAAUAAAAAGAGAACCUAAUAGACUUAUUGAUUUCGUUUUGACUACUGCUACUGGUGCCAAAGAACCCAAUGAAGUUGAUAAUGCUACUGCUGAACAUUAUUUUCGUGUAAAUGCAUACUUUAAAGUUUUAGAUUCCAUUAUUGUCAAUAUGAAGAAACGGUUUUGUACAGAAAGUUUGGAAAUGGCUGAAUCUAUUGAUAACUUUUUUAAACUGAACAUUGAAAAAAGCAAAUUCUUUAUUGACCACUAUAAGGAUUUAUUAGAUGUCAAUUGUUAUAAUUUAAAAUCCGAAAUUACUGUUGUAAAAAACUACUUAACAUUAACAACUGGAAAAGAUGAUAUCUCCUUAGAGGAUUUAAAAACAUUUAUUGUCAAGAAUGUCUACCCAAAUAUAUAUAAACUUCUACAGGUGGCUUUAACUUUACCAAUAAGUUCAGCCACCUGUGAACGUUCUUUUUCUGCAAUGCGCCGAAUAAAAACUUGGAUGCGAUCUACAAUGGUUGAAAAUAGAUUCAAUGAUCUUUCUAUUUUAAACAUUGAAAAAGAUUUAGCAAAAAAGAUUAAUAAUAAUGAUAUAGUUAAUGCUUUUUUGAAUAAAAAUCGAUAUAUUGUAUUGAAAUAA